AAAACCUCAGUAUUUGAGUGAAAUUCCACGCGAAUAGACGCCAUUUGUCCGAGCUGAAGAAUUAAGUGAAAAAAGUGAUGGUAUUUAUUGUUAAAUGGUGACUGAUCUAUGUGGACAAGUGUAUUUGCAUGAGACUCUGCCAGUGGAGUGAUUUGCCUGGUGAAUUGGGACUGCAAUUGAAGGUGAAGAAGGGAGUAGAGAAAAAUGACUUUUCACCCAAGGACGGCGUUCCUGUACGCCUUCUCCAUCAUUUGUUUGGGCUUUGCCCUCAACAGUCAUCAGGUGACUGCUCAGGAGACAAAUUCAACAGGACAUUGCAUUUGGUAUGGUGUUUGCCAUAUAGAACCAGUGACAAAUCACAAAAAAUACUGCCCAUACAAUGGUCCAGCAAAGAAGUUGGACAGCAAGGGUUUGGAGGCACUGUCCAAGUGGUGUGGUCAUCUUAUUGAAGAUGAUGGAGCUUUAACGUGCUGUGAUGUAGAUAUGAUUGAUACACUCAACAAAAAUGUGGAAUUGGCUGCCAAUUUCUUAAAGCGAUGUCCGUCCUGUAUGGCGAAUCUUGUGGAGCAUAUAUGUGAUUUUACAUGCAGCAGAACACAAUCUGAAUUCAUGAAUGUGAUCAGCAAGGAAAAAGGUGACAAAGGAGAAUACAUAACAGAAGUUGAUCUUCAUAUAACUGAACAAUAUAUGAAUGGCACCUACAGUUCCUGUUCACAAGUGUCUGUUCCGUCGACGGGACAAUUGGCACUGGAUUUGAUGUGUGGAGAAUAUGGAGCAUCGAGAUGUAGUGCCAAGAAAUGGUUUCACUAUAUGGGCGAUGAAGAGGGCAAUAGCUAUGUCCCCUUCCAGAUCAACUAUAUCGCUCAGGCGGACAAUCGAACAAUCAAUGGAUUUACACCCCUUGAUCCACUUGUUGUGCCAUGCAGUAGGGCAUUGAAUGCCAAAACACCGGCAUGCUCAUGUGUUGACUGUGAGGAUUCAUGCCCAAAACCUCCACCUAUCCCACCAAAACCCGAACCAUUGAAUGUUUUGGGACUCGAUGCAUAUGCACUGGUUAUGCUGAUUGUUUUCAUUCUAGGAACUGGACUCUUUCUCAUUGGCGUUUGUCUCUUCCCAUCGCGUCCAGAGGGUGUGGUGUUGCGUGGUGAAGGCAGUUCUAGUGAUCUACGUUCUAGUAUUGGACGUCGUUUGGCUGGUGGACACUCAAGUGGUGAAUUGGCGACUGACCGUGAAGAUUCUCCCCUACAAUCUAAAAGAUCGAGUGGAACAUGGGAGAAUGAGCAGGAACUUCGUGUUCAUCCAGCCACAGUGACCACAUUUGGGGAUGAAGAAUCGGGAUAUUUUGAGAAAUUGGGUGCAAAGACGGAGAAUUUCUUGGAGAUGUUUUUCACGAAAUGGGGUCAUUUCUGUGCAUCAUACCCAUGGCUUAUACUCUUUCUUGGUUUCUGCUUUGUCGUAGCCAUGGGACAUGGAAUUAAAAUGCUCAUUAUCACGACAGAUCCUGUGGAAUUGUGGGCAUCACCAACAUCACGUUCGAGAGUUGAGCGUGAAUACUAUGACAAAGAGUUUGAACCAUUCUAUCGUAUUGAGCAAGUAAUCAUCAAUGCAGCAAAUCUGCCUAGUAUUGUACACAAUACGUCAAAUGGUCCAAUUGAAUUUGGUCCGGCAUUCAAUAAGCAAUUCCUGUUGGAUGUUUUUGAGUUGCAAGAGGCAAUAAAGCAACUUGGCAGGGAGAAUGGGGUGAGCCUGGAGAAGAUCUGCUAUGCACCUAUGAGUUCAGAUUUUCGUGGUCCUGUUGUUACGUCAGAUUGUGUGGUUCAGAGUAUCUGGGGAUAUUUUCAGGAUGACAUGGAUACAUUUGAAAAUACUGAUGAUGACAAUGGCUUUGAGAUAAAUUAUUUGGAUCAUUUGGCAAUGUGCUUUGGGAAUCCAUUCAAUCCAGAAUGUCUGGCACCAUAUGGUGGUCCUGUGGAUCCAGCUAUAGCAUUGGGUGGUUUCUUGAAGGCGGGUGAGGUGUUAUCAGGGAAACCACACUAUGAACGUGCAAAUACAGUUAUUCUUACAUUUUUGGCGAAUAACUAUCAUAAUAAAUCGAGACUGGCACCGGCAAUGGAGUGGGAAGAGACAUAUGUGAAAUUUAUGCAGGAUUGGGUGAAGGGUAAUAAGACAAAUAUGAAUAUUGCCUUCACAUCUGAACGGUCCAUACAGGAUGAACUGAAGCGUGAAUCUCAGUCGGAUGUAUCGACAAUUCUUGUAUCUUACAUCAUUAUGUUUGCCUAUAUUGCCAUAUCGCUGGGACAUGUGGAGGAAUUCAGUAGGAUAUUGAUUGAUAGUAAGAUAACAUUGGGACUUGGAGGAGUGAUAAUUGUUUUGGCAUCAGUGGUGUCAUCUGUGGGACUUUUUGGAUUUAUUGGUGUACCAGCAACAUUGAUAAUUGUUGAAGUUAUACCAUUUUUGGUCCUUGCUGUUGGUGUUGAUAAUAUCUUCAUUAUGGUUCAGACACAUCAGAGAGAUCCGAAAAAACCCACAGAAACCAAUGCUGAACAUAUUGGACGGAUUCUGGGAAAGGUUGGACCGUCGAUUCUCCUGACAGCUGUCAGUGAGAGUUGUUGCUUCUUCCUGGGUGGACUGUCGGAUAUGCCAGCAGUUCGGGCAUUUGCACUCUAUGCCGGAAUGGCACUUCUGAUUGAUUUUCUCCUUCAAGUGACAUGUUUUGUGAGUCUUCUGUCCCUGGAUGCCAUACGACAGUCUGAGAAUCGUUUUGACAUCUUCUGCUUUGCACGUGGAAAGAAAACCGAUUUACCGGUCAAUGUUGAGGGUGUUCUCUAUAAAUUCUUCAAAGUACUCUAUGUGCCUUUCCUCAUGCAACGCAAAGUACGCAUUGGUGUCAUGAUCAUCUUCUUUGGAUGGCUCUGUGCCAGUAUUUCUGUGGCUCCACACAUUGAUGUUGGCCUCGAUCAGGAAUUGUCAAUGCCUGAGGAUAGUUUUGUUCUCAAUUACUUUAAAUUCCUCCAACAGUACCUCAGUAUUGGACCACUAAUGUACUUUGUCCUCAAAUCUGGACUCAAUUUCUCCGAUACAGCCCAUCAGAAUUUAAUUUGUGGUGGACAAUAUUGCAAUAUUGACAGUAUGUCCACACAAAUUUACAUUGCCAGCAAGACACCAGAGUCAUCGUACAUUGCCAGACCGGCUUCUAGUUGGAUCGAUGACUACUUUGACUGGUCAGCAUCACCAUCGUGUUGUCGCUUCUACCCCAACAACGGAAGCUUCUGUCCACAUUCAUCCUACAAUUGCCAAUCGUGUCAGAUUGUGCUGGAUCCGGACAACAAACGUCCCAAUGCAACUGGUUUCAGCAAGUACUUGCCCUUCUUCUUGCAAGACAAUCCAGAUGAUGUUUGUGCUAAAGCAGGCCAUGCAGCCUAUGGUCAUGGUGUUAACUAUGCCUACAGCAAGCGCUACAAACAAACUCAGGUGGGAUCAUCGUAUUUCAUGGCAUAUCAUACGAUUUUGAAGAGUUCUUCAGAUUACUACGAAGCCAUGCGAUCAGCUAGAAAGAUAUCACGUAACAUAACGUCAACGAUUCAUGCAAAAUUGAGACUUCAGGGUAAAGAUGAGGGGUAUAUAUCGCAAAUUGAGGUAUUCCCCUAUUCUGUCUUUUAUGUCUUCUAUGAACAAUAUCUAACCAUGUGGCCAGAUACACUGAAAAGCAUGGGAAUCUCCGUGUUGGCCAUUUUCAUCGUGACAUUCCUCCUGAUGGGCUUUGACAUUCACUCAUCGCUCAUUGUAGUCAUCACUAUCACGAUGAUUGUCAUCAAUUUGGGUGGUUUGAUGUACAUGUGGAAUAUCUCCCUGAAUGCCGUUUCACUGGUGAAUCUCGUGAUGGCGGUGGGAAUUGCUGUGGAGUUCUGUUCGCAUCUUGUACACUGCUUUUCGGUUUCGAUGGAACAGACCCGGGAGAGACGAUCUGCCGAUGCCUUAACUAAAUUGGGCAGUUCAGUCUUCUCGGGCAUCACACUGACGAAAUUUGCAGGGAUUCUUGUGCUGGCCUUUGCCAAGAGUCAAAUAUUCCAAGUUUUCUACUUCCGGAUGUACUUGGGCAUCGUUCUCUUUGGUGCAGCACAUGGACUCAUCUUUCUACCAGUUCUCCUGAGCUAUGUCGGCGUGAUGUAUAGAAAACGACGUUCCGACGUCACCAAUGUCACCAACACCACAGCAUCAGCCACCCCAAAUCCAGGAACACCGACGCACUCUGUUUCACCUCUUCUGUCAUCGCAUCCCACCUACGGAUCUGUGAAUUCCAUCGAUGAUCAGCCCAUUCCGGGCACCAGUGGCAUCAGCACGGUGUCCGGAAUUCACGAUAUCCAGCAUCAUGAAGCUGGUGUCUACAAGCCCAUUGACAUCUCAUGAGGGACAAAUUUUCAGGGAGACUGUGAGGGAGGUAAAGUAUGAAUCUUAUUGUAUAGGGAAAAACCACCUCUUGUUAUAUUUUUGUUAAUUUUCCGCGGGCUGGGGAGGGGGAGAAAGUUAAAGAGGAAUUUGAGAAAAAGUCACGAUAAAAAAAUUUAAAGCAUAUUUAAAGAAGAAAAUUAAGCAUAACCAAGAUAGAAGAGACACUGAAAACAUAAACCAGUAUUUUUUUCUAUAUUCAUAUACAAUUUAAAAAAAAAAUGAACAGAAAUAUUACUUUUUAAGGGAAAUAAUAAGAAAUAAACUAAGAAUAAUUACCCAAAUAUUUGUCAGUGUGGCUGAAAAAUUUGAUGAGAUGAAUGGGGAAAAUCUCAGAGAAAUCUAAAUUACUAAAAUGAAAUAGCUGAAGAAAAAAAAAAGAAUGAAUAUUUUUCCUAAAUAGAUGAUAGGCUAAUGAAAAAAAAAAGAAACUGCUGUUGUAAUAAAGUGAAUUCAUUGUAAAAUCAAAACUGAACUCAAUGAAGAAAAAAAAUGCCUAGAAUUUCUUUUGUAUCGAUAUAUUGUAUUUAAAAAAAGAAACAUUUUUUAUAUUAGGGGAAGAUUGAGAUGAGGGAAGAUGAAUGAGAAAAUAAUGAGAGAUUUUGUUAAAUGUGGCAAUUCCAUGGAUUUUUUGUACUUAUGACAAAAUGAAGGGGGAUAAACGUGAGCUAUAGAAAUUACAAGAAUGAAAAGCAAGUACCAUAGACCUCAAUUGAAAGGAAUCACAAUGUUCUUUCUUGUACUUAGAGAACAACUACAUAACAUCAACGAGAAACAUAUCCCAGGAAGAAUUGCUGAAAAAAAAUGAAAGUAUUUUAUCAUUUUUAUUUAUAAAAAAAAAUGAAAAGCCAUCUGUCAAUAGUAUAUUUUUUCAGCAUCUAGCAAUAAACUUUAGUCAUUCUUUUUGUGGCUUAAUUAUUAAGAAAAAAUUGCCAUUCACCGUCCUGCAAAUUAUCAUUAAGAUGAAAAUGAAGAAAGCUCCAGAAUGUCAAGGUGUUUAAACUUUUUCGGUUUUGCAAUGGAUUUUUAUAAAAUAGCCAUUUAUUACAAGUUGAUUUAUUUAAUGAAUUUUUUGAAGAAAAAUAUAUGAAGUGAUUUAAAUAUUUAAUAUCUCAGCAAUCGUCAUGAUUUAAAGCUGAGAAAUGAAAUUUUCAGGAUUCUAAACUGCCAUAUUCGAAUUCAAAUUGACAUUUACCUGAAGCGCCAUCUACUCGUGAAUUAGAAGCGUAUUUUGAUUUUUGCGAUCUUUAGAAAUUUUCAAAAAAAAAAUAAAUAAAAUAAAAACUGCAAAGAAAUAUCAAGGAUUAAUUCGCCCGAGAUGCAAUGAAUUAAUUUGUAAAGUACUCGUUCUAUGAUGUAAGUGUCCCGAAUAUAAGUCCAUAAUAAAAUAAGUCCACGCAGGAAGCAAAAGAGGUAAUUUGGUAGGCAAAAGGAGACAACUUGCAGUGGAAAAGCGCUAAAAGAUUGACUGGUCUUGGCGAUUAACCCCUUUUCUACCUAAGCUGACUAUUAUGGCCUCUACACACUAGAUAAUUUUAUGUCCAUAUUGGAUAGGUUUUCCUACACAAUCGUAGGUAAUUUGCUUCAAUAUGAACAUAAAUUUCUGUAGUAUGUAGAAGCCAUUGAUCAAUGGUCGACAUAGUUUCAAAGUUGAAUAAUUUUUGCCUCCUUUUCAUAACCUGUAACCUCCUUCACUGAGAAAAAAAGGGGGUGCGAUUAACUUUUUUUCCUCGUAACUUUAACACUUUUUAGGUGUAAAAAUAUGGCAACAUUUUUUCAUGUUAAUUUUGCACCUUUUUAAGUGUAAAAUUAACGUGAAAAAGGGUUAAUUUAAUCACUAAUACACCUAAAAAGUGUAAUAUUUACACCGUUUUCGAUCAAUACUGCAGGGUAAAAUUAACAUUUCCGGAAUGUUAUUUUGACUUUUUCGUAUUCCUCUCAGUGCAAUAAUUGACAUAGAGAUUUGAAGUACAUACUCAAUUAGAAAAUUAUACACUCACAGAGCGACAGGUGCAGCACCCUGGCGAAGAAACACAAAAGAUAAUUCACAUAUCUACGGCAGGAGAUCACAAUGAAACUUAGGACGAUGCACAGAUUGCCUGUGCAUCGUCCUAAGGUUCAUUGCGAUCUCCUGCCGUGGAUGUGUGAAUUAUUUGCAGAAAGUAUCUCUAUUAGGACUUAAUAAGUACUUAUUAAGGACUUAAUUCAUGCACUUGAACAAAGCUGGAGAGGAGACAUGAUAACUUAUUUUCGAUAGUAUCGAGUGUCGAUUCUGAAAAAUGUUAACGAUAGCUAGCUACACUUCGUAUUGUUGAUAUAGAAAUUUAUCAUCUAUCACAUUUUUUUAAGAACAUUGCAACACUAAGAAAAAAAACUGUAGAGUUGAAACAACUCUAUCGCCGAGUUGAAUUAACACGAAUAUCGAUGUAAUUGUUACUCUUUUUCGUUGUAAAUUUUAGUAAAUAAAGUUGAACAACUCUUCGUGCGAGUUGAAUUAAUUCGUCGGAUAUCGAUGUAAUUAUUACACUUUUUCGAUGUUAAUUUUCAUCUCGACUGAAGUAUAUGCUUAAGUGUUUUCAUUUUAAGAAUAUACUUCAGUCAAGAAGAUCUUCGUAUGGUAAAGUUCAUAUGGAACAUCAACUAGAAAUAUACCUAACAGUGUUUCAUAAAGACAUGUGCGUGCAUCAUACGUGAUAUUUCGCUCGGAACAUAGGGAACUUGAAGUCAAGAAAAUAGUAAAAAAGAAAAUAAUAACAUUUAGAAAAAAGACAUAAAAUUACAAAAUCUAUCCAUUUUGGGUUGAAAGACUUAUUUUAACUCAACAUUUUUUUAACUCAUGAAACGAGAAGAAGAAAGAGUUAUGAGAGUUAUAGGAGUUAUAAGAGUUAGAAAGAGUUAUUUACAUUCUUUUGUCAUGUAAAUUUUAGGACAAAAAAGUUAAAACAACUCUUCCGAAUAUUUCACCUAAACAGCAGUAAAAUCAACUCUAAAAUAUAGUUAAUCGAAAAUCACAACGAAAAAGAGUUAAUUCAACAUCGAUUCGAGUAAGUCUUACUCGAUUAUUUUUCUGAGUGAAUAAAUGGCAAUGCAUAAAAAGUCGUCAUUCACUUAAUCUUACAGAUAUAAAUUCAUCGAUACUAUCGAUUCGAUAGUAUCGAAAAGUUAUCGGUGCACUCCUGUUUUUUAAGAACAUUGACAAUAUCUUUCUGCACAGCAUAGCGAUAGUAAAAGCUUACCUUGUGUUAGCACGGUAUACAAUUAUUGACGCGCAUCAUUUUAACAUUAAAUAUUACAGGAGGUCCCGGGGUUAUGCAUAUCGGGAUUAUGAAUAAAUGGGAUAAUGCAAACAUAUAUACACUAAGAGAAAUCCGAAAAAGUUAAAAUAACAUUCCGGAAAUGUUAAUUUUACCCUGCAGUAUUGAUCCGAAAACGGUGUAAAUAUUACCCUUUUUAGGUGUAUAAUGGGUUAAAGUUACCCUUCUUUCAUGUUGAUUUUACCCUUAAAAGGCGUAAAAUUAACAUUAAAAAAUGUUGAUAUAUUUUUAUACCCAAAAAGUGUUAAAGUUAUGACGAAAAAAGUUAAUCGCAGCCUCUUUUUUUCUCAGUGUAUGCAUAUUGGCCUACCACUAGGAGCUAAUUUGUGAAAUCAUUUUCGAAAUACCCCUAAGUGUAUGCAAUUUUUUUUGGUGGGCGUUAAAUUUGAAAUUAACUUCUUAUGAGUCGUUGACGCUGAAAAUAGCCCAAGAAAUUGGCGCCAGUUGUAUUUUGCAUAUUUUACGGCGUUCAUGUGAAUUAUUCGUAAGAAAUCUCCUGAAGGUAUCCAAAUUUUCUGUAUGCAUAAAGCCAUUUCGCACAAUUUUUUUCGUUCCCGAAAAUAUGCAUAAUCCUGGGACCCCCAGUAUUUCAGUUAUUUAAUAUAGAAAAAAAAUUAUAAGAUUUUUUUUAACUUUUUGGAUAUUCUAGCAAUUAAUUGAGAAGAUCCGAGCAAAAAAUUCUUUAUUAUUUUCACAUUACAUCUUAAAAAAUAUAUCUUUUCUUUUAAUUUGUACUGAAAAUAUCUUGGAUUUCGAAGGAUAUCUCUUGUGCGUAUGCAAUUAUUCUAUUUUGCUUCUUCCAAAUUCAGGCGGAUUUCUUAGGUCCCGCCCGGCUAUGUCAUGAAUCCGAGGACCUCCUGUAAUUAUCAGACGCUCUGACGAAUUUUAAUAAAUAACUAUAACAAAAAAUUUAUAAAUUUUAGAACGAAACUCAAAAAUUGAAGAUUACCUUUGAAUCGAGCAGGGACUUUUACAAUCACUCAAUAAUUCAUUGCACAUUUAAAUUUUUCAAUGGACUUCAAUUAUUAAGAGAUUGAUAGAAAAUUCUGUUUGAAUAAAUUCUAUCAACUUUAAAUGGCUAUUUUAAUAAAAUUCCAUUUGAUUUGGGAAAUGCCUAAAAUAAAAAUCCAUGGAAAUGAGUGGUGAAAUGUCUAGUAAAAAACUAUUUUUCAAUAUUAAGUCGACAAGAAAUGCCAAGAAUUUAUUUCAUUCUCUCUACUGUUAAUAGACAAAAAUCUCUAGCAGGAGCACUGAAUAAUUUUUUUUAUCUUGCGACUUUCUCAAACACUAUUAUAGGGGAAAGUACUCUCCCUUCGAACAUUCAUGCCUUCGAAUAAUGUGAAUUUUCUUUGAGUUUUCCUAAGAGAAUUACACAUUUCUAUUAAAUAUUAGUUGGCUUAUCAUCAAUUGUUGAUAAUUCCGUGAUAAUUUAGUGUAAAGGCGUCUACACAUUUGGAGCAAUUUUCGUCAAAAAUUGCGCUUUUGACAGAAAUUUGACGUUUCCCCCUACAACGCUGCAGGGAAUUUCAAAAAGCAAUUUUUGACAAAAAUUGCUUCCAAUGUGUGGAGGCCAUAAAUCUCUUACGAAAAACAAAAGAAAUUCACAUUAUUUGAAGACAUGAACGUUCGAAGGGAGAGCACUUUCCCCUACCAAUUUUUUCCCUGUUUAAAAUUCCUCAAGAUUUUUACCUUAAAUCUUUUUUUUUAUAAAAAACAUUAUAAAAUAUCCAUAUGAAAUUCAAAUAAGUAUUUUAUUUGCAGCAUAUUUUAUUUAUUUGAACGAAAUACGACAAAAAUCCAUGACUAGAGUCCUUUUCAAACUAAAUUAUUUAAAAGAAAAAAAAAAACAGUAGAAAAUCUUUGAGGAAGAAGCUUUUGAGAAAUUUGUGGCAUUAUAAAUAUUAAUAUAAUAGCAGAAAUAUUUUUUUGUGAUUCCAUUUUAUUAACUUGUUAAAUAUAGGGAAGAAAAUUAUUUUUGUCUCAUUUUGUUUAUCAUACUGAAGGAACAUGUGAACAAGUAUUUUAUUUAGGAUAGUUUAGAAUGAGAAAAUGUAACUCUCGAAAGAGACAUUUAACAGGGAAAGGUCAAUUUAGUAAGUUCUCUCUCCAUUAAAAAAUAAUUUUCAACAAAAUUGUCACUAAUUUUAACAACAAAGUUUUUUUUUAAAGUAAUUGUCAUAAUUUAUUCAAAUUAAAUUAUUCUUAUUUUAUUGGUUAUUGAUCAUGAAGUGCAUAAUUGACCUUCCCUAGAUAGGAAAAAAAAAUUAUUAGGGGUAAGUGAGGCAGCUUUGAAAUUGAGCGAUUUUUCUCCUAUUUUUAAAUAAAACUGGACUUUAUUAUGAUAUAAUUUUGCUUCACAAACUAGUUACGAAACUAAAAAAGGAAAAAGAAAGCCCAAUUUCCAAGCUGCCGCAAUUCAAAAGUGCCCUAGGACAAGUGUGCCAAAUUCCGGACAGCUUGCAAUUCCGGCCACCUCUUUUGUUCCUCGAAUUUUUAUGAAUAUUUAGUUUUUACAUACUCCAGAGAUUAUACAGUUCAACAGAAUAACAAAAAAUGUAGACAAACGAGAUGACGUAAAAAAGACACUUCAAGAAUUCCCGAAGGGCAAGGAUCAGUGAGAAUUAAGGUGGCCGAAAUAGGGCACUAAAGCUAUGUCUACAUUUUUAUUCAUUUUAAAAUGUAUUAAGAAUGAUUUUCAUAGUAAAUAAAGACGAUAAACUGUCUACAAGGUUCUAAACAACACUCCUUAAGUAGAAGGAAUUAAAAAAAAAACAAUUUCUAUUAAAUAUAUUACUUUUCAAACUUGAGACUUUGGCGCUUGCAUGCAACUAUGCCGAAAUUUGGCACACUUACCCUACCUCCUCAUAUUGUUUUUCGUGGCGACAUGAUUAUCUAAGUUUAAAAAAAAAGCAAAAUUGUGACAUGGUUCUAACUACUUUUUGUCUUCUUUCGGCAAAAAUUGAGGCUUCGAUAGAUACAUAUAAUUUAUUUCGUUUUUGUCCUUGAUAUAAUUUUAAAAAAAAAAUUAUUGAAAUAAUAAUUAAGUCAGCAUAAAGUCGGCUAGUGGCCUUUUCUUUCUAUAAACUGCAUAAAGAAUUUUUGGAAAAAAAUUACAACAUUUUCACCUUUCUAAGUGCUAAGAGAGAUAGAUCUGUAAUUAUGGAAAAAAAAACAAAGGAGAAAGGAGAAAAGUGAUAGGAUUUACUACAAAAAAAAAUUAGGAAAAUAAAAAUGAGUGAAUGGAUUUGGUUUUUUUUGCGAAAGGAGCCAGAACUAAUGUGAAAAUAAAUUUAUAGGAAUUGAGACUGGCGAAGGAUUUAAUUUUAAUUUAAUUUUGUUCUAAUCUUCUGAGAAAAAAAAUGGAAAAUAAUGAUAAAAUACAUAGCAUUUGAUAAAGGUUAAAUAUUUAGCUUACAAACUCUUGUAAAUGUCAUGAGCUUACUACAAAGAAAAAAAAAAGAGAAACAAGUUUAUGAAGAUAAAUGGAAAAUAUUUAAUUGAUGUUUUCUUUUGUGUAACAAUUGAAAAAAAAAGUCUUAAUCAAUAGUUGAAAUUUUUUGUGAAAAACUAAACAUUGGUGGGUUCAAAAAUUUGUACAGAUUAUAAAGCGAAUUGAUUUUUUAUGUAAAAUAAAAAAAAAACAAACAUUGAAUAAA